UCCCCCCUCGGCCGGGCAGCCCCCAAUCCCGCGCCGCCCGGACCCCCUCCUCCUCCCUCCCUCCUCCCUCCGCCCCCUCCCCGCGGGACUCCGGCGUCCCCGCCCCCCAGUCCUCCCUCCCCUCCCCUCCAGCAUGGUGCUCGCGGCCCCGCUGCUGCUGGGCUUCCUGCUCCUCGCCCUGGAGCUGCGGCCCCGGGGGGAGGCGGCCGAGGGCCCCGCGGCGGCGGCGGCGGCGGCGGCGGCGGCAGCGGCGGGGGUCGGGGGGGAGCGCUCUAGCCGGCCAGCCCCGUCCGUGGCGCCCGAGCCGGACGGCUGCCCCGUGUGCGUGUGGCGGCAGCACAGCCGCGAGCUGCGCCUAGAGAGCAUCAAGUCGCAGAUCUUGAGCAAACUGCGGCUCAAGGAGGCGCCCAACAUCAGCCGCGAGGUGGUGAAGCAGCUGCUGCCCAAGGCGCCGCCGCUGCAGCAGAUCCUGGACCUACACGACUUCCAGGGCGACGCGCUGCAGCCCGAGGACUUCCUGGAGGAGGACGAGUACCACGCCACCACCGAGACCGUCAUUAGCAUGGCCCAGGAGACGGACCCAGCAGUACAGACAGAUGGCAGCCCUCUCUGCUGCCAUUUUCACUUCAGCCCCAAGGUGAUGUUCACAAAGGUACUGAAGGCCCAGCUGUGGGUGUACCUACGGCCUGUACCCCGCCCAGCCACAGUCUACCUGCAGAUUUUGCGACUAAAACCCCUAACUGGGGAAGGGACCGCAGGGGGAGGGGGCGGAGGCCGGCGUCACAUCCGUAUCCGCUCACUGAAGAUUGAGCUGCACUCACGCUCAGGCCAUUGGCAAAGCAUCGACUUCAAGCAAGUGCUACACAGCUGGUUCCGCCAGCCACAGAGCAACUGGGGCAUCGAGAUCAACGCCUUUGAUCCCAGUGGCACAGACCUGGCUGUCACCUCCCUGGGGCCAGGAGCUGAGGGGCUGCAUCCAUUCAUGGAGCUUCGAGUCCUAGAGAACACAAAACGUUCCCGGCGGAACCUGGGUCUGGACUGCGACGAGCACUCAAGCGAGUCCCGCUGCUGCCGAUAUCCCCUCACAGUGGACUUUGAGGCUUUCGGCUGGGACUGGAUCAUCGCACCUAAGCGCUACAAGGCCAACUACUGCUCCGGCCAGUGCGAGUACAUGUUCAUGCAAAAAUAUCCGCAUACCCAUUUGGUGCAGCAGGCCAAUCCAAGAGGCUCUGCUGGGCCCUGUUGUACCCCCACCAAGAUGUCCCCAAUCAACAUGCUCUACUUCAAUGACAAGCAGCAGAUUAUCUACGGCAAGAUCCCUGGCAUGGUGGUGGAUCGCUGUGGCUGCUCUUAAGGUGGGGGAUAGAGGAUGCCUCCCCCACAGACCCUACCCCAAGACCCCCAGCCCUGCCCCCAUUCCCCCAAGCCCUAGAGCUCCCUCCACUCUUCCCAUGAACAUCACACCCUGUUCCCCGACCAAGCAGUGUGCAAUACAACAGAGGGAGGCAGGUGGGAAUUGAGGGGUGAGGGGUUUGGGGGAAAGGGGAAGGAGGGGCAUAGUCAGGGUGGGGAAGUGUUUGAAGUUUGCAGAUGCGAAGGUUUGACAAAAAGACAGAGAGAUGUAGAGACAGAGGGAUAGAGACAGAGGAACAAAAAGAGCAGCAGUGAGAAGGCAAAGAGAGAGAGGCAGAAGAGACAGAUUAGGCAGAGACAAAACACUGAGAAAGAGACUGAAAUGGAGUAAUAAAUGAAAGCCCCACACCAAGCCUCCUUUCUUCCACUGGCAAGGUGAGGGGCUUGGUAUAGUUUGGGGAGAUCCCCUGACUACUCAGUAGGAGAAGAAAUCAAAAAUCCGUUCUUUUUCCCUUCUCUCCCUCCACAGUGGCUAGGGGAAGGGAAGUGAGGGCAGGGACAAAAGGAUUUGGGAAUUUUUAUUUAUUUAUUUAUUGUGACUUUUCAUUUUUUUUGGUAUUUGGCUUUACUGGAAUAGGAGGGCCCCUGCCCCCUGUGCCCCAUUUAUCCCUUAUUCCCCAAACCCUGCUCUCCCCAACACCUACCCACUUAAGCACUUGUAUAAAGCCUCCAGGGUUGGGAAUGGGAGUAAAGGGCAAGAGGGUCGACACAUGAAGUUUAGUUUCUAACCCAUUAUCACCCUAACUCAACCUUUUCUGAGCCAAAUGGGUUGAAUUUAAGCCAGUUGUCAUGGAAAUAGUAAGAGGUUAGGGUUUAAGAGCUGGGGAUAGAGGGGUGGGAGAAAGAACCCUCAACAUCCAGGAUCUAUAUGAUGAGAGCUACUUUAAACCCUCAGGUCAACCCUCAUGAUACUGAGUUACUUAGCCAGAGGGUGCAGCCUGCUUAAGCCCAAAUUCCCUCAGCCAAGAGAGAGACCAAAGAGCCUCUGGAAUGGCCCUGCUCCCAGCCUCUAUCUUCAGGUCAAUAAGAAAGAGUAUAGAGACCCUAGAGUCCCCUGGGUCUGGAAAGCGUUAGGAGAGGUCAAGAAAGGAGCAGUAAGGAGGCUGAAGGUUACAGGGCAUUUGAAUCCAAAUCACUGCUCUGGGCUAGGGAAUAAAGCCAGCAGACCAAGGUGGGAGGGAUUCUGGAAGGGGGAUAUUUUAGUCCCCUAACCCCAAAGCUCAGGGUGGAAGAGGGGAGAACAAGGAAGCAGAGUGUAUAAUUAUUUUCCUUUUAUUUUUGGAAUCUAACAGUACCUGGCAGCAGGGAGGGAAAAGUACAGUGGGGAAAAGCAUCUGACAAGGCCAGUUAGAACAGAGGAUGGGAAGGAUGGAGACUCCUGGGUUUGGAAGGCUAGGAAGCAGGCAGAGACUGGUUGCCAUUUCAAGUUACUAGCUAGGCCCAUUAAUUCCUCCCACAACCCUGACCCAUUCUCCUCUGGACUCGCUGUGCCUCAGUUUCUUCCCCUCAAUGGAAUGAGAAAUGACAGCACCCGCCACAGCCAAGAGAUGAAUUCUGAGCACUUACCACGGGCACUUUAUGGACAUAAAAUACCUCUCGCUGUGGGACAGAUAACCAGGGCACCAGAGUAGUGGUGAAGAGAUGUGAGGCUUAAGAGGAGUCACAGGCUUCAGAGUACAAGUUCCCCUCUGCCUCCCAGCUGGACAGUGCCUAGAAGCCAAGUUGAGAAUCUCCUGAUCCACACCCUAUCCUUACUUCACCACCACGCCUCUUGGCUCCAGGCAAGAGCUUAGAGGAUGUCAGGAGAGGUGGGGUAAGAACCUUCAGCAAAACUGUCACUCUAAGUAGAGCCAGCAGUUACGGGUCUGAUAAAAACAGUACUGAACUAAAGUAAAGCCCAAGCUGGUGAGCAAAC